CAUAGUACUUGCAACCCAACUAAGCAAUGCUAUAAUAAAGGUUUGAGAAUCGUUGACCAAAAUAAAGAUUUGAGAACUGUGUUGAAAAUUUUUCUUGUAAGAGGGGUUGUGAAAGCGCCAAGGAAGAGGGAAGCAGAGAAUUGCCGCAGUAACAGACAUGGCAGAGGUUGCGGUGUCAACGGUGGUGACCAAACUGUCGCAACUGCUACUGGAGCAAGCAACCGCAGCAGUUUCACCGUUGGCCGGAGUGAGAUCGCAAGUGGAGAGUCUGAAGAACGAACUGGGGUGGAUGCAGUGCUUUCUGCGGGACGCAGAGGCCAAACAAGAAGGCAACGAGCGCGUUCGCAUGUGGGUUUCCGAAAUCAGAGAACUCGCUUUCGAAACCGAGCAAGUCAUCGAAACCUUCAUGUACAGAGCCACAAUGCAAACCAACACGAACAGAGUGUUGAAACCCUUGCAUCUCUACAAGGUUGGACGAAGAAUCGACAAGAUCCUUAGCAAAAUCAAGGAGAUUUCCGACAGGCGCGAGAAUUACGGCGUUGUAAUGAGCGGUGACAGCCGCGGAGGCGGAAGCGGAGGCGGAAGCGGAAGCGGAAUCAGUAGUAGUGAAAGGUUGAGGCAUUGGAGGCAACCUUCACCUUACUCUGAAGAAGAGUGUGUGAUUGAGCUUGAAGAUGAUUUUGAUUUGGUUCUUAACCAGUUGAUUGCAUUGGAGUCAACGCGGCAUGUGGUUUCUAUAGUUGGGAUGGGUGGUUUGGGGAAGACUACAUUGGCCAAGAGGCUUUACAAUCAUACCGGAAUCGCGAACCAUUUCGAGUGUAAAGCGUGGGUGUAUGUUUCGAAAGAGUACAGGAGAAGGGAUGUUCUGCAAGGGAUUUUAAGGGAUGUGGAUGCUCUUGGCGGUAGGGAUGAAGUACUGGAUAGGUUGCCGGAGGAGGAGUUGGUGAACAAGUUGCGCAAUGUGUUGGCGGAGAAAAGGUAUUUGGUGGUGCUUGAUGACAUUUGGGGGAUGGAGGUUUGGGAUGGUCUUAAAUCUGCUUUUCCUAGAAGGAAGGUGGGGAGUAGGAUAAUGCUCACAACUAGGAACUGGGAGGUUGCUUUACAUGCUGAUGCUAGAAGUGAUCCUCAUCAGUUGAGGGCAUUGACAAGGGAUGAGGGUUUCAUGUUGUUGUGCAACAAAGCAUUCCAUGGUGGAGCAAAUAGCAUCCCACUAGAGCUGGAGAAUCUUGCAAGGGAAAUUGUGGUCAAAUGUGGGGGUCUGCCUCUGGCUGUGGUGGUGGUUGGUGGUUUAUUGUCUAGGAAACUCAAGUCAAGUGGGGAAUGGGGAGGGGUGCUGCAAAACAUCAGCAGGCACUUACCAGAUGAAGAGGAGAAGAUAAGAAGAAUUUUGGCCUUGAGCUAUAGUGAUCUGCCUCCUCCCUUGAAAUCAUGCUUUCUCUAUUUGGCUCUUUUCCCUGUGGGGAUGAACAUUCAUACAAAAAAAUUGAUCAGGCUCUGGGUUGCGGAAGGUCUUUUACCACAAGAAGGUGGAGAAACUGCAGAAGGGGUUGCUCAGAAAUACUUGAACGAGUUGAUUGGCAGGUGCAUGAUUCAAGUAGGAACAGUGACCUCACUGGGAAGAGUUAAAACAAUUCGCAUCCAUGAUCUUCUUCGAGAGCUUUCUGUCUCUAAAGGAAAAGAGGAAUAUUUUCUCAAGAUAUUUCUAGGUGACAUGGCAGGCUCAGGCUCAGGCUCAGGCUCAUCAACAUCUCAGCUAACUAGAUCCCGACGACAUUCCAUACAUUCCUGCCAUGACCGGUAUGACUUCUUAAAACACAUUGCUGAUCAUUCACGUUCCCUGCUGUUCUUUAAUAGAGAAUAUAAUGCAGAUGUAGUGAGCAAAAUCUGGCUUCCCUUGAAUUUUCGGCAAGAAAAGAAAUUGGAUUUAAUCUUUGGGAAAUUUAAACUGCUCAGGGUGUUAGAAUUAGAUGGUGUUCGGGUAGUUAGCCUGCCAAGCACAAUAGGGGACCUGAUUCAACUAAGGUAUCUAGGAUUGAGGAAGACUAAUCUAGAAGAAGAACUUCCACCUUCCAUUGGAAACUUGCAAAACCUGCAGACACUUGAUUUGAGGUAUUGUUGUUUUCUUAAGAAAAUACCGAAUGUAAUCUGGAAGAUGGUGAGCUUGAGACAUUUGCUCCUUUAUACUCCAUUUGAUUCUCCAGAUAGUGGGCAUCUACGUUUGGAUACAUUAACCAAUCUACAAAGCCUGCCAUACAUCGAGGCUGGAAACUGGAUUGAAGAUGGUGGUUUAGCAAAUAUGAGCAGUCUUAGAAAGCUAGGGAUAUAUGGAUUAUCAGGAAAUAUGGUGAAUUCUGUUCUUUCUACUGCACAGAGAUUGUGCGACCUUCGUUCACUUUCACUGUCCCUUCAAUCUGAAGAGGAUGAAUUUCCAAUCUUUAUGCAGCUGUCUCAGUGCACUCAUCUUCAGAAGCUCUCUUUGAAUGGGAAGAUCAAGAAGCUACCAGAUCCACGUGACUUCCCACGAAACCUUUUAAAACUAACUCUACACAAUUCCCACCUGCAAAAGGAGUCUAUUGCCAAACUUGAGAGAUUGCCAAAUCUUAAAAUGCUCACUUUGGGUGAAGGGGCAUACAAUUGGCCGGAAUUGAGCUUCAAUGCCGAAGGGUUUUCACAACUGCGUGUUUUGCGGCUUGUUCUUUUGAAAGAACUGGAGGAGUGGACAGUGCAGGAAAAGGCAAUGCGAAGUCUCGAAUACAUGGUUAUUGAUCGCUGUGAGAGGCUUAAAAAGAUUCCAGAAGGACUCAAGGAUAUCACUUCUCUGAAGAAGCUAAAAAUUACAGGAAUGCCGGUAGAUUUUGAACAUAGAAUUCGAACUACAGAUUUGCCUAAGUUCAGAAAUACUCUAGCAAUUGAAUCCACAACAGACAUAUUGGCAAUUGAUUAACUGACGGCUUAAUGUUGAUGAGUGACACAAACUUUCAUAUAAGGAAUGGAAGCAUUUUCAAGUUCUUGGCACUCCAUUGUUGACGUAACAUCUUCAGUUAUUGACUUAUUGUUGACACUUGACAUGUACAUAUAAGAUACUGCUUUGGUGAAGUCAAGCACUGAUCAGUCCUUCCAUUUUUUCUAUGCACGAAACAGAGUUUCGCGUUUGCAAGCAGCUCAGAAAGCAAUAAACUCAAUUGGGUUGGGUUUUGACAUAACACAAGACAUCAACUUUGAUAGUUGCAAGUGGGAAUCGCGUUUGAUCUUCGUCAAUGAAGAACAGUGUCA